CUUUAAUGAUCAUAAUCAAACAUAAACAAUUUAACCCUUAAACGUGUUAAUCAGUUAUAAUUUAAAAAAAAAUGAAAUUUUUACAUAUUUUAACUUUGUUACUGGUAGCUUUGGUGGCCUAUACCUCGGCUCAAAGAUGUGUCGGCAGACCACGUAAUCCUUCUUGUACUGGUCCUCGCAAUGUGGGUCGUCGUGGUCGCGGUUGUACUCCUCGUACAAUGUGGUACUAUGAUGCUCGUGGCCGUCAAUGUCGUGAAUUGCGUUACUUGGGUUGUGGUGGCAACAACAAUCGUUGGUGUACUCGUGCUGCCUGUGAACAGAGAUGUCGUCGUCGCCAGGGUUAAAUGACAUUUACAUUUUAAAGGAUAGUUUUGGUUUAGAAAUUUAAUGAUGGGAAGGAAUUAUGCUCGGAUUUCUUAGUUUAAAAAUAAAUAAAGUUUAAAAAUAAAUAAAUUUUCAAUAAUAUA